UUGUUGUCCCAAUCUACAACAGCUAUCUCUUUUGAACAUGCAUUGUUGCGUUCAUUUUCCUCUGUUUGAUUUUCAAGCUCAGUGUUAUUCCCUGAAACUUUUAGGUAUGGGUUCUAUUGUAAAGAUGCAAGUUAAAAAAAACAUUUCUUUGCCUGGUUUUCCAAAGUUAGAAGUAUUUUCACUUAUGACCGAAGGUGGAUAUUUUACAGAUGAGCAAAUCAGGAAAAUUUUAUUUAACUCGAUAAAACUACAGCAUUUGGAACUUCAAGGCUAUUUAGGUUUAAAUGUGGAAACCUUACUCCAAGUACCUGCUAACCUCUUAGAAAAUUUUAUUUUUACUAAAUCAAAUAUUUGUGCUUCACAAUAUGUGUACGAAUUAUGUACCAAAUGGCAUCAUAGUUUGAAGUUUAUAGAUAUUUCCGGUAUGAAAGGAGACUUUAUUAAUGAAGCAAUAUUAGGCCUUAUUCCUCCUGGAAGCAAAUCAUGUGUACGUGAAAUAAAUUUGAGUGGCACUCAAGUAACUGCAUUUACUGUUAAGAAACUUAUUGAAUGGUGUGAUGACUUAGAAGUGUUACGUUUGAGUUCUUGCCGCAAGCUUCAAAGGGGAAUGAAACAAGCGUUUAUUGGGAAAACAGAGUUGCAAUAUCUAUUACAAAAAAUAUACGAUGAAUAUGUGAUGAAUAUGCUCAGUGAUGAAUCAAAUGAAUAGAAAAAUCAAAGGCUUAACUUAAUAUACAGGUAUUUUUCUGAAGAAAAUUUCACAUAGUAUCAAUUCUGAGAAAAUUUUAUAAACGAAAUAGCUUUGAUAUGGAGCGUCAAGAUAUAUGCUUGUAUAUAUGUUUCCACAUGUUCUAUGUGUUGAAAAUAUUGAAAAUUAGUUAACCAGAGUGUACAUUUAAAAGGUAGGACAUAAUUAUGUACAGUACAGAGUUUUUCAUCGCAUAAAAUUUAAGAGUGUGAAAAAGAAACUCGCUGCAAAUGAAAUGAUAUGGUAUUAGAGACAUCUAAUGUAGAAUUUUUUUUACUAGUCAAUCAUGCUGCAUUCAAUGAAACUGCACUGAAAAAUAUAUCAUAAGAACUAUUUUAAUGAAAAUUAAUACUGAAAUAGGUAAUUAAAAGCUAAUAGUCUAUCAUAACAUUUCAAGUAUUCAGUGUUCAUCAUAUGUAAGAAUUCAUGUUCAUCAUAUGUAUAAAUUUCAUGUUCAUUAUAUGUAAAAAAAUUUAACAAUUAACUACAUUUCAUUUUAAACAAAGUUUUUUUAAAAAUUUAAAGUGCAUUAUUUUGAGAUGUGAAGUUCUUUCACUUGUAUGCAGUCCUAACAAAGUAUGAAAGAAGAGCUUCUAAGCAUAAAAUAUCAAAUUUUUGAUCUCAGUAAUGGGAAAAUUAUCAGAAAUUUUGUAUACUAGUUUUUAUGGUUAUGUUCAUAAUGAAACAGUGAUAAGUAUUUUGGAUUUUUUUCCCAAUUUUCAUUGUAUUAUGUGACUUGCAAACUGAUUGCUUGCUCAAAGUAUAUUAAUGUUUUUAAAAUUCAGAAUAGAAUAUCAUCUGAAUGUUUAAUAAUUUGUUUUUUAUAUUCAAAUCAUUUUUAAUCAAAAAUAAAUGAGAAUUUAAACAACUUAUUAUUAAUUAUAUGAUGUUAAAUUUCUGAAGUCAUUCUUCUCAUUGUAAAUUUCAUAAAGAUAAAAGUGUACAAUUUCUAUUGUAAAAAGCUAUAAAACAUAGUCUUCAAAAGAUUAAAACCUUUUGAAAAAUUAAGAAGUUAUAGUGCUGUUUAUCAUAUCUUCACGUUUCAGUUUUGUACCUUUCAUAUCUUCAGGUUUCACUUUUGUACCUUUCUACUUUUAUUAAAAUGCUUUUCAUACUAA